GCUUUAUUUCAUUGUAGGUACAAGAUGCUGGGCAAGAGAUGGUGGCUUCUCCUGUCACACCAGGAACAGGCAAAUCAAAGCUGGACACGCUGCCCAAAGAAGAUCUCAUCAAGUUUGCCAAAAAGCAAAUGAUGCUUAUACAGAAAGUGAAGUCAAGGUGUACAGAACUGGAGAAAGAAAUCGAAGAACUCAGAUCUAAAGCAACUACUGGAGGAGCUGAUGAUAUUAUUCAGGCUCUCACUGAAAGACUGGAUGUUGUCCUUCUCGAAAAAGCUGAAAGUCAGCAGCAGUGUGUAGCUCUGAAAAAAGAAAAUAAUCAAAGAAAGCAAGAAGCAGAGGCUGCAGUGGCUAAGACAGAAGAAUUGCAGAAGCAACUGGAGGAGUCCAGUAUUGACUCUGUGAAAGAAAUUAAAGCUCUGAAGAAUGAAUUAGUAAAUGCACAGUCCAAAUACAGCGAGGAUGUAACAAAGCUGAAGAAAGAAUUGGAGGAACAAGAGAAGAAACAAAUGGGACUUAUGGAACAAAUUGAGUGUAAUAGUAAUAGUCAAGAAGAAGUUAAAAAACUACUGGACGAUGUUCAGAGAAUUAAAUGUGCUUAUGAAGAGCAAAUUUUGUGUCUAAACAAGCAAUUGGAAACUGUGAAUGAUGACAAAAACAAAGAAUUGGCAAAUCUGCAAGAAACUAUUAAAAGCAAUUCUCAGUGUUACCAUAAUGAAAUUAAUAACUUACAUGAAGAGCUUAAAAAAAUAAAGAGUGCCCAUCAGGAAGAGGUUUCAGGGUUGAUGCAUCAAAUUGAAAUGUCUUCUAGAGAAAAUGAAGAAAAGCAGAACCAGAUAAAUGAAUUGCAGAGGAAUUUGGCAGAGCAGAGUAUAAUAAAAGAGGAAAAUGUGAAGGAUGCUGCUACUGACCAGCGUGAGUGUGACUUGCAGCAGUUAAGAGAAGUCCUACAUGAAAAUAGAGAAAAAUGGAUAGAUGCUGUAGAUGCUCAAGAAGAGUCUUCUGCAGAAGCAGAAUUGAAGGAAAAGGUUAGAUACCUAGAGCAUAGUUUAGAAGAGCUCCAGUCUCAACAGAGUAUAUUAAAAGAUGAGCUAACCUAUAUGAAUAAUGUUAAACUAAAACUGGAAGAAGAAAUCCAUCGCAUAAAGGAUGAAUAUUUUCAUGAGCGGGAAGACUUGGAUUUUAAAAUAAAUGAAUUGCAGCUCACUAAAGAAGAUUACUGUUGUGCAAUUGAAAAACUAAAAUCAGAGCUUCAAGCAGCAAGACACCACUGUGAAAUCACUGCAAAAGAGCAUAAAUUAGAAACUCAAGCUCUGAAAGAGCAGCAUGAGAGAGAAAUUUCUAAACUAAAUACAACUUUGUUAUCCAGUGCUGAAAAAGAAAAUAUGGCAUUAGUCUUUGAAAUGCAGGAACUUAGGGAACAACUUGAAAAGCUCACUCAGGAGAAAGAAGAAGCAGUGUCCAAUUAUGACAGCCUGAGAGAUACAAUGGAGACUCUACAAACUGAGCUAGGGGAGUCUGCUGGAAAGAUCAGCCAGGAGUUUGAAUCAUUGAGACAACAGCAAGCUUCUGAUGUUAGUGAACUUCAGCAGAAACUUCGGGCUGCUUUCAAUGAAAAGGAUGUUCUUCUUGAAACUGUAAAUCGUCUCCGGGAGGAAACAGAAAAGAUGUCAUCUAAUCAGCUUGAGGUAGAAGAACUCAAAUAUAAAAUUGUUGCUCUUGAGGAGGAGAAUGAAGCAAUAACAAGCUGUGUGCAUGAAAAAGAGAUGGCCAUAAAAGAACUGGAAGAAAAGAUCGUUGUUCUUGCUGAUCAGAACCGGGGUAUUUUAAAUGAAGUUAAAAGCUCAGAUAGAGAGAGAGAUACUUUUCAGGAAAGAUGCAAACAGGAGCAAGAAAAAGUUCAGGAACUUCAGCAACAAGUAGAUGCUGUUAACCAGUACAAUAAUGACCUGGAAAUAAAGGUAAAUGAAUUAAGAGAGAGACUGAAUGAAACUUUAAGCAUGAUGAAGGAAAAUGCACAAAUCAUAGAGCAACUGGAAAGCCAAAUUGAAUCUCUGAUGUGUGAUAGAGAGCACCUUUCAUCUGAAGCAGAUAUUCUGCGUGAGGAAAAUAAGAAAAUAAUUCAGGAAAAGGUUAGAUUAAGUGAAGAGCUGGAAAAGAUUGCAUCUGAAAAAGAGACUUGGUCAGUGUUGAAAGAGCAAUUGGAAAACUUAGAAAAGAAACUACAAAUGAUAAAUGGAGAAAAAGACCAUUUAUCAACCUUACUUGAAAGUGAGCAAGCACACAGAUCUCUUGUUAGAACUCAGCUAUACUGCUUAAUUGAGCAAAUGGGAUCCAAAGUUUCAUAUUCUGAGGAGGAACAUGAUUCUCUCAGCUUACUAAACACUGCAAAUGAAUGCUUGGCAAAAAUGAAAGAAGGACAAUGCCUUACUCUAGAGAACGAGGAGAAAGCUCUUCAUCUCCAGCAAGAAGUUGAGAGAUUGGAGCAAGAAAUCAUAGCUCAAGAUACAGAACGUACGUCUCUGCUUGAGGACUUUGAAAAAGAAAAGACUUUUUUAAGAGAAGAAUUGGAAGGAGCAUUGUCUGAAAAAGAAGCACUGCAACUUGAUAUCCAGGAACUGAAGAAUGCCAGUGAAAAAACAAGGAUUGAAAAUCAAGAUCUUUUGGCUCACGUUGAAGAGAUUUCUCAAAAACUUGCUUUUUAUGAAAAUCAAAUACAAGAACAGCAAAAAGGAUCUGCCACAGAAAAACAAGAAGACCUAAACUUCAUUCUGGAACAAAAGGAAACUGAACUUAGAAAUGUGAAAGACGAACUGAGUUCUCUAAAGGAUUUAAUGGGAACAUUGACUGGAAAAAAUGAUCAACCAUCUUCAGUAGCAGAGCUGCAGGAAAAAAUUGGAAAUCUGGAGAAAGAAUCUGCUGAAAAAACAGAGAAGCUUAGUAAAAUUAAGGUUGUGGCUGUAAAAGCAAAGAAAGAGUUAGAUACCAGCAGAAAAGAGGUGCAGACUCUGAGGGAAGAAUUGGAGUUGGUUCGAUCAGAAAAAGAUCAGUUGUCUGCUUCGAUGAAAGAUGUUAUUCAAGGAGCUGAAAGCUAUAAGAACCUUUUGAUGGAAUACGAUAAGCAAGGAGAAGAGCUGGAUUCUGAGAAAGGCAGAGCAAAUAAUCUUGAACGUCAAAUAGAUGACCUCACACGACAGCUACAGGUGUCAUCCCAGCAGCACGAUCAACUACAGUCUGCUAAUGAAGACCUCUCGGCUCGUGUUGAAACACUGCAAUCUAAUGCUAAGCUGCUGGAAGCUCAAAUACUGGAGAUGCAAAGAACCAAAGCAAAAGUUGACAAGGAACUGGAAGCUGAAAAGCUUCUAAAAGAACAGAAAACAAAGGAACAUAGUGGUGCUGUCAGAGAACUGGAGGAACUUCAGAUGCAACUUCAGAAGGAAAAGAAGCAUCUCCAGAAAACCAUGCAAGAAUUAGAACUGGCCAGAAAGGAUGCUCAGAAGAGUACACUGAUGGAUAUGGAAAUAGCUGAUUAUGAAAGGCUAGUAAAAGAGCUUAAUCAGAAGAUUACUGAUAAAGACAAUAAAAUAGAAUAUCUUGAGCAAGAAAAUGGAAUUCAGAAGCAGAAACAAGAAACUCUGCAAGAAGAGAUAAAGUCAUUGCAGUUGUCUAUGCAACAGGAUGAGGAAAGAAAUGCCAAGAUAAAACAACUGCUUGUGAAAACCAAAAAAGAACUGGCUGAUUCAAAACAAGCUGAAAAUGACCACCUGAUGCUGCAGGCAUCAUUGAAAGGGGAGCUAGAAGCCAGUCAACAACAAGUGGAUGCCUAUAAGAUUCAAGUGGCUACGCUAGCGUCAGAGAAGCACAAAGUCCAGGAACAUCUGCGAACUUCUUCGGAGCAGCACCAGCGUGCACUGACUGCUUACCAGCUAAAAAUUGCAGCCCUGCAAGAAGAAUGCAGAACAGCCCAGGUAGAACAAGCAGCUGUUACUUCUGAAUUUGAGAGCUACAAAGUCCGUGUUCAUAAUGUUCUAAAACAACAAAAGAAUAAAUCUGCGUCUCAAGCAGAAACGGAGGGAGCCAAGCAAGAAAGAGAACACUUCGAAACGAUGAUAGAUCAACUUAAAGUUAAGCUACAGGACACUCAGCAUAAUUUACAGCUCAAUGCAGCUGAACUCCAGGCACUGCAGUCUGAGCAUGACACCCUGCUGGAAAGACACAAUAAGAUGCUGCAAGAGACUGUUGCAAAAGAGGCAGAGCUCCGGGAAAAGCUCUGCACAAUACAGUCUGAGAGCAUGGUCAUGAAAACAGAGCAUGCCCAGAGUCUGAGUCAGCUGACAGCCCAGAACGAAGCUCUGCGCAACAAUUUCAGAGAUCAAGUCAGGAACCUGCAAGAAGAGCACAGGAAGACAGUAGAGACACUUCAGCAACAACUGUCCAGGGUAGAAGCCCAGUUCUUCCAGCUCAAGAGUGAACCAAGCACUAAAGGUCCAGCUGUUUCACAUCCAGCAACGAAGAACUUGAAGGAACGGCGAAACACCGACCUUCCUGUUCUUGAUAUGCACACUGUGGCUAGGGAAGAGGGAGAAGGCAUGGAAACAACGGACACAGAGUCUGUCUCUUCUGCCAGCACCCACGUACCAUCCUUAGAACAACUUCUGAACUCCCCGGAAGCAAAACACGAACCAUCUCAGUGGCAGACAGAACUGACCAAGGAUGAGCUGAUUCAGAAGCUAAACACCACAGCCAAGAGUGCUGAUCACUUGAAUGAAUUACUUCGUGAAUCAGAAGCGACCAAUGCAAUCUUAAUGGAACAAAUCAAGCUUCUUAAGAAUGAAAUAAGAAGAUUGGAAAGAAAUCAAGAAAGAGAAAAGUCCGUGGCUAACCUAGAAUACUUGAAGAAUGUUCUAUUGCAGUUUAUAUUUCUAAAAUCGGGAAGUGAGAGAGAGAGGCUUCUUCCGGUGAUAGAUACCAUGCUGCAGCUCAGCCCAGAAGAGAAAGGGAAGCUAGUUGCAAUUGCCCAAGGUGAGGAAGAAAGUACCACACGACCUUCUGGGUGGACUUCGUACCUCCACAGCUGGUCAGGACUUCGAUGAGACAGUAGAAACACCCAGUCUUAAAUAUGUCCCACAGUUGCACAAAGAGGAAUCUUAAUGUAGAGA